GUAAAAUACUGCAGACUGUCCACACAGAUUAUUGAGUGAACUAUAGUUACCACAGACACACUAACGUUUCAGUCCCUGUGGAGAGCAUUAAGCGGUUUUCGCCAGGCUUGUUUGUCGCUUCCGUUAGGUCUCAGUAUGCGGAACUCCCUGCAGACUGAUGAUGAUGAAGAGGAUGUUGUGAAGGCAGGUUGUAACUGACUGAGCCACCCGUUCAUCGAGCUGAGAGGCGGACACACACUUCGCAUCAUUUAUUUACGCUGCGAACCAGUCACACGGAGUAGCUGCCGCCCAUUUCAGCCGCUGUUUCCACUCCUGUACCGUGAACCCAAGAAAAGAGGGCUGAAUCGGGACAAACAGCGCUGCCUCUCCCCCUCUGUGACCGCGGAGGGCACCCACCACCCAGGCCGUCAUCAGCAGCUGGUUUCGCAGCGAGCGUUAGCGGCUAACCGGCUAAUGCAACCAGGUUUGACUCCAUCGUUUUCUGACCCGUCACAAUGAUAAACAAGGAGCUGUGUUUCAACUUUACACCUGAACUUUCCCAGAUGUGAUGGAAAGGCAGCACUGACUCAAGAGGGAACAUAAAUCCUGGAUGCCGUGACACACAGGACGUGGUCAAUCCAAGAUGGAGAAAAAGAAAAUGUGCCCUCGCCUUCUCGACUACUUGGUGGUGGUCGGAGCAAGGCAACCAAGUAGUGACAGUGUGGCCCAGACACCUCAGCUCCUCCGCCGCUACCCGCUGGAGGACCACCACGACUUCCCGCUCCCACCAGACGUUGUGUUCUUCUGCCAACCUGAGGGCUGCCUAAGCAUACGCCAGCGUCGGGUUAGCCUUCGUGACGACUCCUCAUUUGUUUUCACGCUGACAGACAAGGACUCAGGAAUCACCCGCUACGGAAUCUGCGUCAACUUCUACCGCUCUUUUCAACGAGGGCAUCACCGAAGUCGUGGGGACAAGAGCGGCCACACAGAGACAGCAACACAGGCGGCGGAGACCGCUAGUGAUGGGUCUGACGGUGGUGGCGGAGGUCCUGCCUCCACGUUAGCUCCACCUAACAAUGCUGAAUCAGCACCGCUGCCCGCCUCCGGAGAAGAGAGCGGACAACCAGGGGCCGAGCUAAAUGCCAGCAAGUCCCCACAGCACAGACGGAGCGCUGCUAAGGUUGCAGCCAGGAAUCGCAACAGCACGCUGACCUCGCUGUGCAUACUCAGCCACUACCCCUUCUUCUCCACCUUUAGGGAAUGUUUAUAUAUCCUCAAGAGGCUGGUGGACUGCUGCAGUCAGAGGCUAACUCAGCGAGCUGGGCUCCCUCGCGCAACCCAGAGGGACACCAUGUGGCGGGUGUUUACUGGGGCGCUGUCGGUAGAAGAGAAAGGCAGCCAGCUGCUGGCGGAUCUGCGUGAGAUUGAAUCCUGGGUGUACCGGUUGCUUCGUUCACCGGUACCAGUGGCAGGUCAGAGGCGUGUGGAUGUGGAAGUCCUGCCCCAUGAACUCAAGCGGUCACUCACCUUUGCCCUGCCUGACAACUCCCGCUUCACCAUGGUCGACUUCCCCCUGCACCUGCCCUUAGAGCUGCUGGGCGUGGACGCCUGUCUUCAGGUCCUCAGCUGUGUCCUGCUAGAGCACAAGGUUAUUCUUCAAUCUAGAGAUUACAAUGCUUUGUCUAUGAGCGUCAUGGCCUUCGUGGCUAUGAUCUACCCUCUGGAGUACAUGUUCCCUGUCAUCCCCUUACUGCCAACGUGCAUGGCCUCUGCUGAACAGCUCCUUCUUGCCCCCACUCCCUACAUUAUAGGUGUACCAGCCAGCUUCUUCCUCUACAAAGCUGAUUUCAAAAUGCCAGAUGAUGUGUGGCUUGUGGAUCUUGACAGCAGCAAGGUUAUAGCACCCACCCAUGCAGAGAUUCUACCACCUCUUCCAGAGCCUGAAGCAGGCGAGCUUAAGAAACAUCUUAAACAGUGUCUGGUUAGGUUGACCGUGAUCACCCAAAAGCAGAUCUUCUCCUCUGAAAAUAAGGCCUUGGCCAGUAUGAGUUUGAACACCCAGCCCAUCCUGAACCUGGAGAAGUUCCAGGAAGGUCAGGAGAUGCCCCUGCUGCCACCUGGACGAGAUAAAGCUUCACCGUCCUCCACAGAGUUCAACCCUCUGAUUUAUGGCAAUGAUGUUGACUCUGUGGAUGUAGCCACCAGGGUCGCCAUGGUACGGUUCUUCAACUCCCCAAAUGUUCUCCAGGGGUUCCAGAUGCACACUCGCACCUUGCGCCUCUUCCCUCGGCCUGUUGUGGCUUUUCAGUCAUCUUCUUUUCUUGCAUCUCGGCCACGACGCUCUUGCUUUGCAGAUAAACUUUCUCACACCCAGGCCGUGGAGUUCUAUGGAGAAUGGGCUCUGAAUCCCACCAACCUCGCCUUCCAGAGGAUACAUAACAAUGUGUUUGACCCCUCCUUAAUUGGAGACAAGCCCAAGUGGUACGCUCACCAGCUGCAGCCGGUGAACUACCGAGUGUACGAUGGAAGCUCUCAGCUGGUUGAAGCUAUGGCUGGUCCUUUGGAGGAUGAAGGCAACGAGUCUGACCCGACAGACAGCGGUAGUGACAGUGAGGCAUACGAUGACUCCAGCUCGUCCUAUUCGUCACUGGGAGACCUUGUGAGUGAGAUGAUCCAAGGUGACAUCCAGGGAGACACUUCAAGCAUGGACCCGCUUACCCAUGCUGCACUGGGAGACGCUAGUGAGGUUGAGUUUCAGGACUUCCAUGACUUCAGGGAAGGUCAGGGCUCGGAGGGUCCAUCGAGUGGGGACGGACCUGCUGAACCCUCUGACGGACAACCUCUUCGCUCAAGCUCCAGCACAACUGCAAGCUCAAGUCCCAGCACAAUCAUCCAGGGAGUCAACCAAGAGCCGGGGGAAGUACCUGAAAUUGAAGCGUCAGCAGGUGCAGCUUUACAGAACCCCGUCUCUGGACUGGGCAGUCAGCCAUUUCUCAGACCUCCAGCUGAUGCUGGCCUGGCGGACCCAGCCAACAAAAAGCAAGAGUAUGACAACCCGUACUUUGAGCCUCAGUAUGGCUUCCCCUCAGAGGAUGACCCUGAUGCAGAGGAGCAAGUGGAGUCAUACACCCCUCGAUUCAACCAGAACCUCAAUGGCAACAAGGUGCAGCGUCCUUUACGUCCCUCUAGCCUGAGGCUUCCAGGAGAGUCUGACGGGGAGGGAGACUCCCGCAACAGCUCGCCAAACUCCACCAUUUCCAACAGCAGCAAUGAUGGAUUUGGAGGACUCAUGUCUUUUGCCAGCAAUCUCUACAAGAACCACGGCACCAGUUUCAGCCUGUCUAACCUUGCCCUUCCCAACAAGGCAGCGAGGGAGAAAACGCCUUUCCCCAGUCUAAAAGAUGACCCCGACAGCCCGGUAUUUGGGCUAAAUUCUCUAAUGGAGAUAAUUACAGAGGCCGGCCCGGGGAGCGGAGAAGGUGCACGUGCACCUCGAGCACUUGUGGACCAGAAGUCUUCCGUAAUCAAGCACAGUCCAACAGUGAAGAGAGAGUCACCCUCUCCUCAGGGUCGAGUCAACAACACCAGUGAGAACCAGCAGUUCUUGAAGGAGGUGGUGCAGAGUGUUCUGGAUGGUCAGGGAGUCGGCUGGCUCAACAUGAAGAAAGUGCGCCGCCUUUUGGAGAACGAGCAGCUUCGUGUGUUCGUGUUGAGUAAGCUGAACAGAGCUGUCCAGUCGGAGGAAGAUGCCAGACAGGAGAUCAUACGUGAUGUGGAGGUGAGCAGAAAGGUGUACAAAGGCAUGCUGGACAUUUUGAAGUGCACCGUCUCCAGUCUGGAGCACUCUUACACUAACGCAGGCCUCGGGGGAAUGGCCAGCGUCUUCAGCUUAUUGGAAAUAGCGCGCACACAUUAUCAAACCAAAGACCCAGAAAAACGCAAGCGAAGCCCCACAGACAGUGCCGGCAGCCCGGGGAGUAAAGAGAGUCCUUCUGGUCGUAUGGAGACGACCAGGCCUCAGGGCCUUCUGAACGUUCCCCACCUGCAGCUGCCGCACCACCCAACGGGCAAAGGAGCCCGCCAUUUUGACACCCGGAGUCUGAACGAGGAGAACUUUAUUGCCUCGAUUGAAUUGUGGAGCAAGCACCAGGAUAAGCAAAAAGCUAUGGAAAAACCACAGAGGUCUGACGGAGCGAAGCAGCAGCGCCCCCAAGUGACGGAUGCAGAGGAGAAGAAAUCACAGAUGAGUGCUGACAGUGGCCUCAGCGUCACAUCUGGAUCGCAGAAGAGCGACACAGAGUCAGUAACGAGCUCGGAGCCACCGAUCCUGACAAGAAGCACCAGCCAGGACUCAGAGGCCAGCACAGUGAUAAGCAACAGCUCUGGAGAAACUCUGGGAGCUGACAGCGACCUGAGCAGCACAGCAGGCGACGGCCUCGGAGGAAGAACCGCUGCUCAUUUAGCUCAGUCCAGAGGGACUCUUUCUGACAGCGAGAUUGAAACCAAUCCAGCCACCAGCACAGUGUUUGGAAAGACUCACACUCUGAAACCAACUGCAAAAGAUCAUGCACAUGCUACAGCAAAGAGCCAGCCUGCUCAGCCCAUGGAGGACAUCAGUAUGAGGAUUUACCUCUGUGAAGGCCUGCUGGGGCGCGAUAAGAGCUCCGUUUGGGAUCAACUAGAGGAUGCUGCCAUGGAAACCUUUUCUCUAAGUAAGGAGCGCUCCACUUUGUGGGACCAGCUGCAGUUCUGGGAGGACGCCUACUUGGAUGCUGUGAUGCUGGAGCGUGAAGGCAUGGGCAUGGACCAGGGACCUCAGGAGAUGAUCGAAAGAUACUUGUCUCUGGGAGAGCACGACCGCAAGCGCCUAGAGGACGACGAAGACAGACUUCUGGCCACCCUGCUGCACAAUAUGAUUGCGUACAUGCUCAUGUUGAAGUUGAACAAAAAUGACAUCAAGAAGAAAGUGAGGCGUUUGAUGGGGAAGUCCCACAUCGGCCUCACGUACAGCCAAGAGAUCAACGAGAUACUGGACAAACUGGCCAACAUGAAUGGCCGUGAGCUGCCCAUCAGGCCCAGCGGAAGCCGUCACAUCAAGAAGCAAACGUUUGUUGUACAUGCUGGCACUGAUACCACAGGAGACAUCUUUUUCAUGGAGGUCUGUGAUGACUGUAUAGUCCUGCGCAGCAACAUCGGCACAGUGUACGAGCGCUGGUGGUACGAGAAGCUCAUCAAUAUGACUUACUGCCCCAAGACCAAGGUGCUGUGUCUCUGGAGACGCAACGGCCAGGAGACGCAGCUCAACAAGUUCUAUACCAAAAAGUGUCGUGAACUCUACUACUGUGUUAAAGACAGUAUGGAACGAGCUGCAGCGAGACAGCAAAGCAUCAAACCAGGUCCCGAGCUGGGCGGAGAGUUUCCUGUCCAGGACAUGAAAACUGGUGAAGGUGGACUGCUGCAGGUCACACUGGAAGGAAUCAACCUCAAAUUCAUGCACAGCCAGGUUUUCAUAGAGCUGAGUCACAUUAAAAAGUGCAAUACAGUGAAGGGAGUCUUUGUCCUGGAGGAAUUUGUUCCUGAAACUAAAGAAGUGGUGAUCCACAAGUACAAGACCCCCAUGGCACAUCAGAUCUGUUACUCGGUCCUCUGCCUUUUCUCCUACGUGGCGGCAGUGAAGGGGAAGGAGGCGGAAGGAAAACCCAAGAUUCUGUCACCGCGACCCCUUCCUAGCUAGUCUACGCCCCGCACCCUUCCCCCUCUCUGCCCCCCCUCCCCCACAUCCUCGGUGUGCCUCUCUACUUGAAACGGCAUCUCAGCUCUAAAACCACAGACUUCUGACAAUCCCUAACUUUACUCUAAGCACACACUUCCCGCUCCCUCCUCUUGUAUAUACAAGCCUCAACCCUUUUUAGACCCCGUUGUGUAGACGUGUUUAGUCUGUGAUGUUGUGUAAAUACUUGCAACCCCUCAUCGCUGUCGUCCUGAUGAUUCCAACUAGCUAAAUGUUUGCCUGCUCCUUAAGUCGGGAGACUCUCCUCGAGCUCCUCUCCUCAGUGUGAAAGUCUUCUCUUGUUCCUGCUGCCAACCACCCAACUGUUUUUACCGAUAGGAGAUGUGAGGGAUCGCCCCGAGGCACAGAGUGCAUGCAGGUCCCGUGCACAGCCUUGACAUUCACUACAGAGUAGCCCCCCGCCCUGCCGCUCCCUGCCCGUCUCCAUUCGACUGUGUGAGUUAUUCUGUGAUCUGUGGUUACUGUAAAGUUCCAGUCUGUCCAAGUUUAAACUGGUGAAACAUCCAGAGGCCCUCUCGUAGUGCAGGACGUCCCAUACUGAAAACGCUAUUGUAUACUGCACCAGAGCACUGCAUGUGAACGCUUCUUACAAGUGUUUGAACCCUAAAAUAAUGUGAGUGUUCUCAGAUGUGUUCUCUUGCCCUAGAUCGGCCCGCCGGGCUGAAUUACUGUUCUAGUUCUACUGUAAAAUCUCUCGUCUGUGGUCUGCUGUUAUCAAUUGCAUGUUACUAUGAGGAUGACAAAUAAAUAUUAUAUAUAUUUCUAUAUAUAGUAUUUAUUUAAUAUAUACAUAUAUUGACUGUACAUUUCUCUGGAAAAAAAAAAUGUUACAAAUUGUUGAUUUGCUAGAUGUGCAAUACUUAAUGAGUAGUUAGCCAUUGCCAGAGCCAUGUUUCCUUGAGUUAACUGGCUUCACAGGGUGAAGAAUGUAAGAACGUGUUUUUGUUUUUCUAUAGUUCAUAUUGAUCGAGGUGAAUAUGAUGACGUCAGUCUGACUGUUUAAAGUUUGUCUUUUUAAGGUAAAUCAACUCCAAAUCACUUAUGGAAAAGAAAACAGCUGCUGUGUUGCUCUCCAUGGGUGAAGUGUUUGGAGUGUUUUGCACACAGGCCACGCCCCCAGUCUGUGAUGUCACAACAGGUGUCUUUAAACAACAGGUGGUGGAGAUGCUGCGCCUAACGUCAGAGAUGCUGCAGUAUCUUCUCCAUUUAAAUUCAGCCUCUAAAAGUCGUGUGAAAUGGCGUCGUUUGUGUGAUGACGUGGAAACUAAACCGACCUGGCUCAGCUGGUGUUACACCAUAUUGUGUGUGACUGCAGGGGGCGCUGUUGCACGGACGUUGUCGUAUUUCUGUCGUUAAAACAGGUCAGUAUUUUUAUUUCCAUAUUAGACCACCUGGUAAAAGAACUGCAGCGGUGUCGUGUCAUGUCCAAUCAGAUGAAUUGAAACCCAGGCCUUCUGUGGCGGCGAUGACAAGAAAUGAUAGCGUAUAGUAUGAAGCUAACGUUCUCGCAUCUAAACAAAUUUUAGCCUCAGCUAUUUCCUGAAGUUUUACCAACCAUAAUGAGGCCCAGUGAUUGACUGCAAAUUGUCAAACUGUCCCUGACUCAUCCUAAAGUGAGGCUUGAUCCUCCAGGCAAACUCCCGGACAAACUGGUGGUGACGUUUCUCCCUGUGAUUUCUCCUCUUUCUGUGCCCACACUUGGGUCUCCGUUUCCCUGUGUCCAGGCCCCAGGUGCCCCCUAGGUUCAGAUCUGCACGUUUACUUCACACCAAACCAUACAAAGAAAAAAACGCAGCAAUGUUAAAACCACGUUCGGGAUUGACGAGGUUUCCUCCUCAUUGUGCUGACACUACUUGAACGCAGCGUGAGCGAUAUGUUCAGUCUGUCCUUCAGUCUUUACAACAGGUCAGCAGUUUCUUCAGUUUCCAGGUGCAGGGUCACAUUUUCUGAUGGCCUUUGUUAGAAAUAGUGACCUAUUGUCUGCCGUGCCUCUGUUGACCUGCACCUGGAAAAAAAAGAGGAAAACUCUCGAAGGUUAAGUCACAAAUUUGAACAUGUGACCCUGCUGUGUCUGAAGUUUAAAAAAUAUUUUAACAUUACCAGAGCUGCAUCUAACAGUCUUUAUUUAUUAUCUAGGAAUCUGCUGAUUAUUUCCACGAUUAAUUAAAUAAUAUUUUGUCUAUUAAAUGUCAAGAAAUAGUGAAAAAUUCUUUCAUUACCAAGAACCCAGAGACAUUUUCAGGUUUACUUGCAGCACCCAGGUCAGUAGUCACAGGUAUUUAUCAGCUCCAGCUCUGAUCGGCUACGAACUGCACUGAUGGAAAUGCGACACCCAGGUGGACACACCAGUUUAAGCCCCUUGCGAGAUGCAAUGAUGGGCCGCAUACAAAUACCGUCCGUCUCCACCCACCAGUGCUCGAAUAUCAAUCCAGAUUAAGUCAGCACGGAGUUUUAAGGAGAGACUGAUUUAGGAAGAGAUAUACAAAACUACUGACCUGUUUUAUGGCCCGUCUGUGACAUCACAGGUGACACACCACUAAACAGAUGUCUACUCACCUACUGCAAGAACUGUGUACACAGCUCUUGUUUACUGGCAGUAGAAACUUCACACUCUAUCACAGUGGUUCCCAACUGGUUCAGAUGUCUCCUUAGUCAUUAGCUCAAGGUCCACACAGUUUAAUAUACUCAGCGUCACACUUGUGUUUGGCCACGUCGUCGAGGUUGUUUGCUGUCUGUUAGUCACUCACUCUACAACAGGAAACUGCACUUCAGAAUAAUGUGUGUUUUACAAAGUUGACACACUUGCGAGUCACUCAUGGUCCACUCAUAACGCGUCCACAACCCACUUUUGGACUGCGACUCACCAGUUGGGAACCACUGUUUUAUCAUUAAUGACAAAGUCUCACAAUUUAGAAACUCAAAGCAACAAAUGUGACAUUUCUGCUUGAGAAAUGACUAAAUCAUUUAUUAAAUAUCACAGUAGUUUGCAAUUAAAUUUCUUUCAAUCAGUUUACCAACUAAUUGUGUGGCUCUAAUUAAUAAUAAUUAAUUAAUUGGUGUGACAGUAUCCAGGCAACAGUUCCUCCUGCUGUCACCCUAAAAGUAGAAAAAUCCAAAAACAAUGCAGUUAACUUUAAUAGAAAACAAAGAGAACCAGUGCAUUCUGGGUAAAUAAAAGGGACUUAAACUAUCAGGUCUUGGUCACAGAAUCUGGUGUAACAGCAGAACUGAAGGAAACAGCACUUCAAAAUAAAAGCUCUGUGCCAGAAAUUAACUGUACCUGAAAAUUAAGUGUGUUUUUUACAAACUUGACACGUUUGCGAGUCACUUGUGGUCAAUUCAGAGUGGAUCUGCGACCCUUUUUUGGACCACGACCCACCAGUUUGGAACCACUGCUGAUCAUAAGUGACAAAAAAAGCAACAGUCUCACAUUGAAAAAAAAUUGAACCAGCAAAAGUGACAAUUUUUGCUUGAGAAAUGACUCAUAAUAGUUUCGAUCGACUAAUCGUGCAGCUCUAAUACCAAACACCACUUGUAGAAAGUGUGACGACAUCCAUGCACCAGUUCCUCCUGCUGUCACCUAAACGUAGAGGAAUCCAAAAAUUAUGCCAUUAACUAGAGAAUAAAGAGAACCAGUGCAUUUUGGGUAUAUAAAGGGGACUUGGUCACAGACUCUGGUGUAACAGCAGGUCAUGUUUUGGAGCAGCCAAGGAUUUAAACACCUGUUUUCUCAUCGCAGACUGGGCUGUGACAAACGUACAAAACCCUCCGAACGCAGCAGCAGCAGCAGUUUUCCGCCCUGUGAUUGGUCGUUGAGCUGUGUUGAAGCCUAACAGCUGUGGUCACCUGCUCCCAGAGGAGAUCCAGUCUUACAUUGUGUCUGUUCUGUGAUCGUAAAGAACAGUUGGUCCGAUCGCCGGCCCCGUAAAUUUCACAGUGAGCGUGCGUGUGUGUGAGUUUGUGUGUGCUUGUGCGUCCGUGUGGUGAACAGUUUCUCCAGAUGAGCAAUAUAUCGGUACAGCUAUAUCACUGGAAGAUGUUUCUUUUUGAUUCUGACAUGCUUGUAAUUUUUUAGUGAUUUAACUGUGUGGAGGGAAACAAUGAGCAGGAUGUUCAGACGGUGCACAACUCCAUCUGAAGCAUCUCUGAAUGGGUCUGGGGACGGGACACAGCUCUUUAUGCUUGAGUUAAAAAGGACAUUUUUUUAAACUGGAGUAUUGCAACUCAUCUCUGUCAUUGUGCGAGCCGGCUGCUGUAACCAGAGGGAAUAAAUGAAAUGAGAUGCCAGGUGUAAGUAUUCCAGUAUUUGAAAAAGUAUUUAUAGAAUAUGUACAGCUUUGGCAAUAUAAUAAAGUUAUCGCAAAUAAAGCUCAGCGAAGUU